CAGGAGUAGAGAGAGAGGGAGAGAGAGACACAGAGAGGGAGAGACAGAGAGAAACCAGCAAUCUUUAAACUCGAGCUUUUUUUCCCCCCUUCCCCUCCUUUUUUUUUUUUUUUUUUUUGUAACGAUGUGCUAAAAUCUCUUCUGCGAACCGCCCUUGCAGAAGAGAAAGAACUUAAGUGGCUAAUAUUUUGCAAAGGAGACAGAGAGACCGAUGCUGCAAUAUAGCUCUCAUCUCUCUCCCUUCUUCCCAAUUAGAUGGUGGUUUUAAUUGCAGAGGGUAUUUCUCUUUUCAUGCUUUCAACCAUCUCCUCUUUCCCACAGGGGAGGGUUUCAUUUGCAAGUUGAUCCUAAGGAUUUCUGUUCCUCUGGCAUUUCUCUCCCCUAAAUGCAUCUGUCUGCUCUUAAGUUUGUGGAUGGGGGGCAAAAUUUUCUAGUUCUUACUCGAGGAAGGCAAAAAGGACCUUUUCUAUUGAAAGAUUAACACUAAAAGCAACGAUCGCUCCGAAUAAUUCUAAUGGGCAUUUCAGUGAUUCAAGGAAGGCUGCAUCACCGCCGUUAUUAUUACCAUCCUUAGCAUUUCUCGGUGCCCGCACAUUUAAAAUAUCUGGUGAAGGGAAGGGUGAACCCAUAUGUUGAAGGAGCUGCAUCUCAUUAGUACAGUAUUAUUUUCAUCUGAUUGGAGAAGAAUGGUGUCUUCAUUCGGAAACGUAUAUAGUAGGAUAGAUAAUUUAACGGCUGGUAAGUGUCAAGGUAUUUUUUCUUCCACUUUCAGCUUUUUAACCAGGUCUCCUGCUUGGUCCUGGGGGCGCAAAAUACCCUAAUCCAAGGCAGGCUGAGCGUUUCAAUCCUAGGUGCCUCUUUAGCUGUCACUUCCCUUUAGAUCUGCUGAUCGCAUGGGCAUGUGCUUUAGAAAGAUUAAUCAUCUCUAAAUGCUUUAAUCAGCUAAAAUGACUAAUAUGUGGUAUGUAUUUAUCUGAUAAUAUACCAGUUGCAUUAAUUCAUCGGUGCGUUUGGAAGGGGAAGAUUUUCUUUUAAAUAAGGAUUGUUAACCAUUUAAAAGGUAUUGCGGGGAUUUCUGAAGGGAACCGUUUUGCCAGGGACAUCAGCAAACCUUGCACAUUCCUUUGAACUUAUGUAUGGAAUAUAUUGAGCCGGGAGGGAGAGAGAUUCAAGGAUUGAGAUUCAAUAACUUUAGGAGUUUGCAUGUAUGAAAGAUGUAGUGCGACACUGGAGAAAUCUACCCACUGGUAUUUCCCCCUGUAGUCAAUGCGGGCUAUGGUGGCUACAAAGCUAAAAUUGCAAACAAGUAUGAAAUACGUGUAGUUCUAAACACUAGUCUUAACGGUGGAAAACAUGUAAAGAUGCAACACGUUCAGCCUGUGUGCUCAUAUUGCUGUGUGGUCUGCAUGUGCUGUCCUCUUUAUAGGUGGCAUUUACCAAAUGGGGGGAUAAGGGAGGCUGGUAUCGCGUGAUGAAACCUUCUAACAUCUCCUAAGUACAAAUCAGGGCAAGGCUCGCCCAUCCGACACCCCCAGAGUUGGUUAUGAACGUCUGCCCAACAAUUGCUGAACUUUUCAGGAGCCUAACACAAGUCUAGCAGGUAGGGGCUUGGUAAAAGGAGCGGGGCAGGACGGAAAUACUGAAAUCUGCAUUUUUCUUCCCGUUGCAGUUUUGUAAACAUCAACAAAUGAUGAAACCUUCCACGGCAGAGACGCAUCAUAAAGGAAGGAUGUUGUGGAUAAUUCUUCUAAGCACAAUUGCUCUAGCAUGGACUACACCAAUUCCCUUGAUAGAGGACUCGGAGGAACUCGAUGAGCCCUGCUUUGAUCCAUGUUACUGUGAAGUGAAGGAGAGCCUUUUCCAUAUACAUUGCGACAACAAAGGAUUUAUAAAUAUUAGUCAGAUAACAGAGUCGUGGUCCAGACCUUUUAAACUUUAUCUGCAGAGGAAUUCCAUGAGGAAAUUGUACACCAACAGUUUUCUUCACUUGAACAAUGCUGUGUCUAUUAACCUUGGGAACAAUGCACUGCAGGACAUUCAGACGGGGGCUUUUAACGGGCUCCGAGUUCUGAAGAGGUUGUAUUUGCACGAAAACAAAUUGGACAUUUUCCGAAACGACACUUUCCUGGGUUUGGAAAGUCUGGAAUAUCUGCAGGCAGAUUACAAUGUCAUUAAACGGAUUGAAAGCGGGGCAUUUCGAAACCUAAGUAAAUUGAGGGUCCUUAUACUAAAUGACAAUCUUAUCCCCAUGCUUCCCACCAACUUAUUUAAGUCUGUGUCCUUAACCCACUUGGACUUGCGCGGGAACCGGCUAAAAGUCCUUUCGUACCGCGGGAUGUUGGACCAUAUUGGCAGGAGCCUGAUGGAGAUCCAGCUGGAGGAGAACCCGUGGAACUGUACGUGUGAGAUCGUGCAGCUGAAGAGCUGGCUGGAGCGCAUCCCCUACACUGCCCUGGUGGGGGACAUCACCUGCGAGACCCCCUUCCACUUCCACGGGAAGGACCUGCGGGAAAUCAAAAGAAGUAAGCUCUGUCCCAUGCUGUCCGACUCCGAGGUGGAAGCCAGCCUGGGCAUCCCUCAGCUGUCGUCCAGCAAGGAGAACGCGUGGCCUACGAAGCCUUCCUCCAUGCUGUCCUCCUUCCAUUUCACCGCUUCCUCUGUUGAGUACAAAACAUCCAACAAACAGCCCAAACCCACCAAGCAGCCCAGGGCACCCCGGCCUCCCCCGACAUCCCGGGGCCUGUACCCCGGGCCGAACCAACCGCCCGUGGCUGCCUACCAGACCCGGCCCCCCAUCCCCAUCAUCUGCCCUACUGGGUGCUCUUGCAGUUUGCACAUCAACGACCUGGGCCUGACGGUCAACUGCAAGGAGCGAGGGUUUCACAACAUCUCCGAGCUCCUGCCCAGGCCCUUGAACGCCAAGAAGCUGUACCUGAGCGGGAAUUUGAUCCAGAAAAUCUAUCGCUCCGAUUUCUGGAAUUUUUCCUCCUUGGAUCUCUUACACCUGGGCAACAACCGGAUCUCCUACGUGCAGGACGGGGCUUUUAUCAACCUGCCGAAUCUCAAGAGCCUGUACCUGAACGGCAACGACAUCGAGCGGCUCACCCCGGGCAUGUUCCGGGGCCUGCAGAGUUUGCAUUACCUGUACUUCGAGUACAACCUGAUCAGGGAAAUCCAGCCGGCGGCCUUCAGCCUCAUGCCCAACUUGAAGCUGCUCUUCCUCAACGACAACUUGCUCCGCACCCUGCCCACCGACGCCUUCGCCGGCACCUCCCUGGCCCGCCUCAACCUGCGCAACAACCAUUUCUUGGCGCUGCCGGUGGCCGGGGUGCUGGAGCACCUCCACGCCAUCGUCCAGAUCGACCUGAAGCUCAACCCUUGGGACUGCACCUGCGACCUGGUGCCCCUGAAGCAGUGGCUGGAGGCUCUCAGCUCCGUCAGCGUGGUGGGCGAGGUGCUGUGUGCCAGCCCCGAGCGCCUGGCUCGCCGCGACCUGCGCUCCCUGGAGCUGGCGGCCCUCUGCCCCGCCGCCCUCCGUCCCGCCGCCGCCGCCGCCGCCGCCGCCGCCGCCUCGCCCCCCGCCGCCCUUCCGCCUCCCUCCGCCACCGGCGCCGCCGCCUACGAGCUGCCGCCGGCCGCCGCCGCCGUGCCCCUCUCCGUCCUCAUCCUCAGCCUCCUCGUCCUCUUUUUUUCCGCCGUCUUGGUGGCCGCCGGGCUUUUCGCCUUCGUCCUGCGCCGUCGCCGGCGGAAGCUGCCGUUCCGCGGCCCGCGGGCUGAGGCGGCCGACCUGGGCGGCGUGCCGCUGCGCUGCCCGCGGAUCUUCGAGGAGGGGGGCGGCGGCGGCGGCGGCGGCGGCGGCGGAGGGGGAGGCGGGGAGCGGUCCCCGGAGAAGGCGCCCCCGGCGGGCCACGUCUACGACUACAUCCCGCACCCGGUGACCCAGAUGUGCAACAACCCCAUCUACAAGCCGCGGGAGGAGGAGGAGGAGGCGGCGGGCGGCGGCGGCGGCGGGGAGGCGGCGGAGCUGCUGCGGGGCGGCGGCGAGCGCUUCGCCCACGCCGCCGCCGCCGCCGCCGCGCAGGAGCCGGGCACCAACUACCGCACCUUGCUGGAGAAGGAGCAGGAGUGGAGCCUGGCCGUGUCCAGCUCGCAGCUCAACACCAUCGUCGCCGUCCAUCCCCAGCACCCCGCGGGCGGCGGGCUGGCGGCGGGCGGCGGCGGGCUCGGGGGGGCGGUGGCGGCGGGAGGAGGCGCCCCACGGGACCGCGACCGUCCGCCGCCCUGCGCCGUGGGCUUCGUGGACUGCCUGUACGGCACGGUGCCGAAGCUGAAGGAACUGCACGUCCACCCCCCUGGCAUGCAAUACCCGGACCUCCAGCAGGACGCCAGGCUCAAAGAAACCCUUCUCUUCGCGGCCGGCAAGGGCUUCUCAGACCACCAAACCCCCACAAGCGAAUACCUCGAGUUAAGGGCCAAACUCCAAACCAAGCCGGAUUACCUCGAAGUCCUGGAGAAGACCACGUACCGGUUCUGACCGCCGCCCCGCCGCCCGCCCCGGCACCGCCGCAUGCGAGUAGAGGAUACAGCUGUGUGCUCUCUCCCCCGCCAGAUGUGCGCGCUGCGGGGAAGGGCCGUUCUCAGAUCAUUAAUCGAUGAAGUGCCUUCGCAGACUUUUGCCAGCAGAUGUUAAUCAAUCAUUAUUUUUUAUACUGAAACUGAGACUUUGACUGUGCCAUGUCUAAGGUGAAAGAAAAGGAAAAAAAGGCCAGUGACCCAAAAACCUGGCUGCUUUGGAAAGUGGAUAGUAUUGGCAAGCAAAGAAAUAUGGCAAGUAAAGAGUGGUGUUUUGCACCUCAAGACUUCAUUCUGUCAGAGGUAUCGACUGGAUUGCCUACCUGUAACUCAGCUUUGUAAGCAGCCUCCCGAGGUUAGCCGUGGUGGUAUGACAUGCCUUGUGCUUUGCCAGCCCCUACAAGCCAGCCAGAGUCUGUUAAAGCCUUCAGAGCACAAAAGCACUGAUAAGAUGGAUCUCUCACAGGUAUGCACCAGGGAUAAAGCGGAGAUGUUUCAUUUGCAACAACCUAGAAUCAGUUGCUGUUCACUCAAAGCCUCCUAUGUCGUUACUUCUACUGGAACAGGGCGGCUAACGUAUGUGAUGGAAAUGCUGACACUAAGUAUGUACAGUACAUACAUAUAUGCUGCGUGUAUAGAUAUGUGUGUAUACAUGUGUAUGCAGGCAUGUUGAAGUGCAGAAGUUGAUUUUUGGAAAGUUCUGGGAGAUUCAGGUAUAUGGCUUGCUUUGGACUGUUAUUAAAAAUAUGGGCAUUUUGGUUAUGAAGCUAAAAAUAGCUACAUUAAGACCUAAAUUCUCAAUGUAGGUCAGUGGAGGCACUUCUCAGACAUAUUAGCAUUUUGGACACUUAAUCUUAGCAGCAUACCGCGUCUCCUAGAAUAGGUUAGUAGAGGCAAUGCAGGAGAAACUGCUGCAUCUCAAGUCAUUCAGAAAGGUUGCCAAGUUUCUCAGGAACAAGAAUGGCAGAAUAAUGAGUAUUAUAUUUAAUUUGGGAUGGAAAGGCAACCGUGGGGAGUUCAGCAGAGGCAACUCAGAUCAUCUUGGCUCUCUGAGGGAGGGAGAAUUUAUAACUAUAGCUAGCUAAAAAGCAGCAAGCUGUGUGUGCGUUUGUGUGUAUAUAUAUACUUAUAUAUAUGUAUAUACAAAUCUGUGUAUGUGUAUAUAACACGGUGUGUAUAUAUGUAUGUAUGUAUAUGCCUAUAAUGUAUAAUAUGUGUAUCUAUAGAUAUGUAUACAUUUAUAUAAAUUUAUAUUUCUCUAUAUAAAUAUUCAUGCAACUAUGGGAAAUAACAUUUCAACAGUGUGUCCUUUUCUUUAAAACCCAACAAAAAGCUGCUUCCACUAACAUCGUAUUGGCACAAAUGUCUUAAGGUAUAUUUUCUAUGUAGAAAGGAGUGUUGCUUAGCGGUUGAGCACAAGCCUGGAAGGUUUUUACUCUUCCAGCGGACUCCAAGUAAGUAAUUAGCUGCUCCACAGCUGUUCUACAUUUGUGAAAUAAGGUGGUGGCCAAAAUGACUCAGGGCUGGUUUGAAAGGCAGAAGAAGGUGGUUGGUGACUGUUUGCGCUUUGGAAAUCUCUGCUAUGCUCAUGGAGUUUUGACGGUGCAAUAGCCGUAGCAGUAAUUAUUCUGUUUGCUGUAAAUGUCCCAGCUAAUGCUAAUGGCUUCUGAACAGAGGGGAAAAAAAGAUGAAUUUCCUGCUCCAGCGUAAGUUAUCUAAAGUCUGAUUACUUUGACUCAGUGAUGUAUGGAUUUUCGUUUAGGGUUAGGAUGUUAGGCUGUAAAUCAAGAAUUUUAGCUCAGCGAACAUCUAGUUCAGGAUGUGUCUUUUAUGUUAUAAUUGAUUUUAAAUAAUUUCACUUUGUCAUCAGAACAAGCUAUACCUUAAUUCAUGAUAAGCUCAAAGAAUUUCUCAGCUGGAAACCCAUUCAUAUCAGGGUGAAUUUUGCACUUGACUUCAGUGUGGUUGAAUCAGAUCAGUGUUUCAUUAAGCGCUGACAUUAAAACAAUCUUGUAGCUGUGCAACUAUUAACUAAAAUUGUAAUUUUGUAAUAAAAGUGAGCUUAAAAAUGA